UAUUCUGAAAUCCAAAUUAAAAUAGACAGUUCUAACUAUAUAGCAAUAAUAAUGGAAACAAUGAAAGCACAGUUGAUCAACAGGGAGUUGCCUGUGCAGAAGAGAGGAACACAGACAUAGCUAUCCUCCCAUCCGUCCAUAGGUUAAAAGGCCAGCAGCAGCACAACGCCGAGAGCUCCAUCUUUCUCCUAUCCUCCUCCCCCUCCACCUCCCUCUCCACCUCUUCCCUCCCCCUCUCCCCCCUCUCCAAACCCUCCGCGGCCAUAGCCAUCGGGAGGGCCGGAGCUGGGGAAGGAGGCAUUCCUCAAAGCCUGCGCGCCCCCCAUCCAGAUCCGCUUUUUCGGGUAGUCUCGGGCGAUCUGGACUCUUGAGGAAGCCCCCCAAAUCGUUUGUUGCAGAGACAAAGAAGUUGCCCUUGCGCACGCGGCUGCUGCCCCUCUGCUCCUUCUUCUUCCUAGCCUCGGAUCAAAAGCAGCCGCCUUUGCAUUUAUUCUUCGUCGGGAGAUCGCCCUCGCCAAGAUUUCGGUGGGAACCCAAUUCGCCGCGGUUCCUCGUGGAAAGUGCGCCGCUUCGGUUCUUGUUUCUCCACAGUCCUCCACCCAUCCCCUAUAUAUCUUCACCUCCUGUCCACCUACUCGCCUAACUUCCUUUUACUUUGAUCCGCCCUCCCCCGCCUCGGUAUUCGAUCGCUGUCCGUGCAGUGGUUUCUUGAUUUGACGCGGGCCAGAUCGCUUUCUGGUGCUCACUUUUCCCCCGGAGCGGUUGAGGCGGUCCCCGUACUCGGUCGGAGGCAUGGCGGCGGCGAACGGAGGCGGCGCGGCGCUGUUCAGCGAGGAGGAGCUCCGGGAGGUGAGCGGGGUGCGCCUGGGCGAGGGCUUCGUGGAGAUGACGUGCGGAUGCACCAGCCGCCGCUACGGCGAUGCCGUCGGCCGCCUCCUAAUCUACCCGUCCGGCGAGCUGGAGAUUAGCUGCGAGUGCACGCCCGGCUGCCGCGAAGAAAAGCUGACUCCUUCAGCGUUUGAGAAGCACUCUGGAAGGGAGACUGCAGGAAAGUGGAGGAACACCGUGUGGGUCAUGGUUGAAGGAGAAAAGGUUCCACUGGGGAAGACGGUUUUUCUCAAAUACUACAACCUGUCAAACAAGUCUGCUAAUGGCUCCAACAAAAGUCGUAAUGGACGCCCAUCGCACCGUGAUGAGUUCAUCCGCUGUAAAAGGUGUGACAAGGAGAGGAGGUUUCGGCUUCGGACCAAAGAAGAGUGCCGUGUUUACCAUGAUGCUCUUGCAAAACCUAACUGGACAUGUGCAGAUUUGACAGCUGAUAGCGUCACCUGCGAGGACGACGAGGAGCGAGGUAGCCGCAAGGUGCUCAAGGGCUGCUCGCGCGCGGCGUCGUGCACGGGGUGCAUGAAGUGCGUGUGCUUCGGGUGCGAGAUGUGCCGCUUCACCGACUGCGAGUGCCAGACCUGCGUCGACUUCUACCGCAACUCCAAGGAGUAGGGUGAUGAUCGCAGCAGCAGCAGCAGCAGCAGCAGGCAUUCGUUCCAUUGCAUUCGUUAAGAACACCUAAAAAGCCCCCCUCUUGCCGAGGCUGUCGUCCAUGGCGGUCCGGAGGUGGUCAGGCUUCCGUAGCUAUCACCUCCCCGGCACAUCACCAGGGAGGAGACAGACCCUAUUCCGGUACCGAAAACAUUGUUCUGUUCUUUCGUUGGUCCGUGGCUUUGCUUUGCUUCCGUUUCCAUAAGACCCACCUGGGGGAGGCAAAGUCAGUAGCACCUGUUCCUGCAUACCGUUCACCAACAGUCAGUUUACAUUGAAAUGCACUCUACAUUGUCGGUGCCUGUGGGCUGUGGCUUUGGUUGGUCGUUGGUAUAAUCUUGUGGCUUUGACUUU